AAUGCCCAGAUUUUCAGAAGUCAGUAGCGGAGGUGGGGGAGAUUUUGCAACUGAAUAUGGGAACUAAAUGUGACCUGAGUCUUAGUGCUGCUGGAGGAACUCAAUACAUGAUAGGAGAUAAGCAGGUAGCGGUAGAAGGUUCCAAAAUAACCGUUAAAUUUGACGGUACAGAUGCUAUCAUUGGAGAAACUGUAAAAGUUCCUUGUUCUUGGGAUUUUUCUACCCCCUCGUCUGACAUUAAGUAUAAGUUAGGAGGGAGCAACAAAGCAAUGUUGAGGAGGAGAACAACCUCAAAACGGAGCUCUGCCCAGAAACUCUCAGACCAGAGAUACCAGGGUUGUGUAAACUCUCUCAGUAUUAACGGAGUGGAGCUGCUACAACUGGGUAACACCCUCAAUAAUGUCGUCAGUGAUCAGUGUUCAGUGGACCUCCUACCUCAUAACCCUUGUGAGGCGAGGCCGAGUCCUUGUGGUGCUGGCUGGUCUUGUUCACCUCAUCCUGAUGACUAUUCUGCGGUGUGCAAGUUCUCCUGUACGGCAGGUCACGAGUGUACGAGUAAGGGGGAGUGUUCAGAGUUCAGGAGUAUUAGUGAGUGUAUCUCGGUGUUGGGGUCUGACCAAUGCAGGAUUCGGUGGUACUACCAGUGUGUCUGUAGUGCGGGGUGGGAGGGUAAUAAUUGUGAGACUGAUAAAACGGAAGGUGACGGUGGACUGAACAGCAACACGAUAACCAUUUUGAUUGUAGCUCUUUUGGUGGUCAUGGUUCUGGGGAUUGUGAUUGUCAUUAUCGUAAAGAAACAAAAGGUUUCCCCCAUCAACGUCAUCAUAUCAGGAAAAGGUAAUUCUAACGGUUGGUUUAGUCCGGAACCGCUGGAUGUUACCAUGGAAACACCCCCAAUCUUAUCAGAUGGCAAUCGAGCUGUGAAACUGAAUUACUUUUGAUCCCGCCCACUGUCGCGUGUGAACUCUAGUUAUUUAUCAGAUAUUGCUAAGAAACUUCGCUACUGAUCCGUCGGACGAAAAACAAACGUGAUGUCGUUGUGAACCUGAAAUAAAUAACCUGUCACCAAACCACGUGACGUCACCAAACCACGUGACGUCACCAAACCACGUGACGUCACCAAAC